GCUGAAUGAGGAAGCAGCAGAGCCAUUUUUACUGUUGAGUAACUGCAUGCUGGUCUGCCUGUGUGAGAGAGAGGGUGAGAGAGCGAGCAAGGAGAAUUAGGCCUGGAUCUUAUCGGAGCUUUCUCCCCUCUCUCACCUACCGCUCUCCUCCUUGUGUACUGCCUGCUUGCUGCUUGUGUCCAUUUAAGCUGGGAAGGCCCUGGAGAAGACACACAAUGGAGCGAAGAGCCUGUGGCAACUGGCCUGUUGUACUGCUGAGAGGGGGAUGGGGUAUAGAGCGGACUGGUUCCCUCAGCUAACACAGCCUGCUGGCUGGAGGCUUCCAUACCCUUUCCUUCCCACUUGGACCAACUGUUUCCAAACUGGGGCCCUUUUCCUGGACAGCCAUCCUCAAACUUCGUUUGGACUACACUAAGGAUUACUCACCAUGUUCUGUGGGAUUUUAGUAUACAUACUGGAGCAUGAAGAAUAAAUCUCUCCUGUGUUUUGGAUGAGAGGAAAGGAAAAACAAACUUCUUUGUUAUUCUUUCAAGCCUCAUUCUUGUUUUUUGGAUUCAGUUUCUAUUUGGUAGAGUUCAUAAAUGGAUUACAAGAUGCAUGCCAAGUCAAACGAUUUGCUGGAUUUUCAAAAACUGGAUGCCCUCCUGGAAAAAAUUGCACACUCAGUCUCUGUAAAAAGAGAGUCCAAAGAGGAGUGCGAUGGGAUCAGCAGUGCUCUGUCAGUGGAGUCUGUGUCGGGGCCAAGACUGAGCUGGUGUCCUGCCAACACCACUACUCCUGCCCCUGCUCCAGCUCCAGCUCCCGCUCCGGGGCCCGAGCCCAUGCCCAACCCUGUUAGAAUGGGUGACGGCCUGGAUGCAGCGCAGAUGUCGGGUGGCGGCAGCAGCCAGGGGCAGGCCCAGUCAAAUGGCAACCCCCCACCUCCAGAGUACAUCAACCUCGACAGGCCAAAGCGCCAGACCAAUCAGCUGCAGUACCUGCUCAAGGUCGUGGUGAAGUCCAUUUGGAAGCACCAAUUUGCCUGGCCCUUUCAUCUACCAGUGGACGCAGUCAAACUUAACCUGCCUGACUACUACACGAUAAUCAAAACUCCUAUGGACAUGGGAACAAUCAAGAAAAGGCUUGAAAACAGUUACUACUGGAAUGCCCAAGAAUGUAUCCAAGACUUCAACACAAUGUUUACCAACUGCUAUAUAUACAACAAGCCUGGAGAUGACAUAGUCUUAAUGGCUGAGGCUCUAGAGAAGGUUUUCCUCCAGAAGGUCACAGAAAUGCCUCAGGAAGAAACUGAGAUUGUUGUCAUGACAGGCAAAGGACGUGGACGGGGCCGACGAGAGGGAGGCUUGAACUUGAAACCAGGGGCCCUCAGCGAUCCUAUGUCCAUGUCUCCUCAAACACGGGGCCUGUCAAAUCUCUCGGCAGUACCGCAGACAAGAGGACCUGUGCAAGGCCCACCUUUGCUACCUCCCCAGCCUUUGAUGCAGGUCCAUGUACCCCCAACGUUACCUAGCCAUGCGCCGCAGCUUGGAGCUCCCUACUCUGUGGGCCAACCAGACUGUGCUCCUCAAGUUCCCAUCAUGACUUCUGUGCCUCCCCCUGCUCAGACCUCCCUUCCUCCUCCGCCAUCCAUCCAGAGCACUGCCCCCAUGCUGCAGAACUCUAUAUCUAUGACCAAACAAAGAAAGAGCCAGAAAAGGAAAGCAGACACUACAACCCCCACAGCAAACGACCAACUCAGUGAAUCUUCACCCGCAGAGUCCAAAUCUGGGAAGACACUACCCAGACGAGAGAGUACCAGACCUACAAAGCUGAUGAAGAAGGAGGCCCCAGACUCUCAGCAUCACAUAGGCAUGGGUAUCAGUCUGAGUGGACCAAGUGGAGGUCAUAGCCCCAAACCUCAAGAUCAGCUGGGAUAUUGUGCUCAUUUAGUUAGGGAGAUGCUGUCAAAGAAACAUGCUGCUUACGCUUGGCCUUUCUAUAAACCUGUUGAUGUUGAUGCACUUGGACUACACGAUUAUCAUGAUAUCAUCAAACAUCCCAUGGACCUCAGCACCAUCAAGGCCAAGUUGGAGAACAGGCAAUACCGGGAACCCCAGGAGUUUGCUGCUGAUGUACGAAUAAUGUUUUCCAACUGCUACAAGUAUAACCCACCAGACCAUGAGGUGGUAGCUAUGGCACGCAAACUACAGGAUGUCUUUGAGAUGCGCUUUGCUAAGAUGCCAGAUGAACCCGAGAGCAAGCCUCUGGUUUCUGCCCCAGCUCCUACACUUCACCAUCCUGCUCCUGUUAAGCCCCCGCCUCCUUUGGCCCACGUCGCCUCGUCCUCAGACAGUUCGAGUGACUCGUCUUCCGAGUCUGAGUCUUCCACAGAUGACUCUGAAGAGGAGAGAGCCCAUAGGUUGGCAGAACUCCAGGAACAGUUAAAGGCUGUUCAUGAGCAGCUGGCUGCCCUGUCUCAACCACAAGCCAGCAAACCAAAGAGGAAAGAGAAGGAAAAGAAAGAGAAGAAAAAAGAUAGGCUUAAGAAGAAAGGAAGCUUGCCUGGCCUCGAUGAAAUCCAGGAUGCAACACAUGUUCCACAUUUCUCUAAGAAAACCAAGACCAGUAACAAUAACAACAAAGAGAUUGUUCUCAAGAAGAAAUCCAGUAAAAAGGAGGGGAUGAAAAACAAUCAUUCCUCCAACCUGCAGCCAGUUCCCAGCCUGGAAGAUGACCUGGGGGCUGCUGGGUCCUCAACUACAGGGGAAAAGUGCAAGCCCAUGACGUAUGAGGAGAAAAGGCAGUUGAGCUUGGACAUUAAUAAGCUUCCUGGUGACAAGCUUGGCCGCGUAGUACAUAUUAUACAGUCCAGGGAGCCCUCGCUCAAAAACUCAAACCCUGAUGAGAUUGAGAUUGACUUUGAGACGUUAAAGCCCUCCACUCUUCGUGAGCUGGAGAGAUAUGUGUCCUUAUGUCUCCGCAAAAAGAAGAAGGUUCCAGUUGAGAAGAAUGUGGAGUCCAUGGCUACCUCCAAAAAGACUGGAUCUUCUUCAGAGAGCAGUGGUUCCAGCUCCGAGAGUGAAGCUGAGGAAACUGGAAUUAUAAAACAACAGAAAAAGAAGAGCCAGUCUGUGAAGGAUGGGAAGAAGGCGCAUCCUCCCACUCAGAGUGGCCCUACUCAACCUGGGCUUCAUUCCCUACCUGUAGGCCUUCAGUCUAACAGUCAGAUGAAGCACCAUCAGCCACAGCAUCAGCCAUCUCCUGCAGGCUUCAUGGCUCCCCCUGUUGCUGCUCUGGAAUCUUCUCAGUUACUGGAGAGUAGCUUUGACUCUCUGCCGCCUUUCGGCCAGCCCCUCAUGCAUCUCUCACAACACACAAGCAACUCCUCCUCACCACCACACCUCAACGCUCAUUCUGCUGGGCCUGUGUCACCUGAGACCCAUCCCUUCCUCAACCAGCACCCUGUCCUCACAUCUCCAGCCUUGCACAGUUCCAUGCCUCAGCAGCCAUCUCGACCCAGUCACAAGGCAGCACCUCUUCAUCCCAAACCACCUCAGCAGCAACCAGCACCUCCUCCUCAGCAGCAGCAGCAGCAGCAGCAGCAGCAGCAGCAGCAACAGCAGCAGCAGCAGCUACAACAACAAGAACAACAGCAACAUCAACAUCUUCAGGCCCAGUCAGCACCACCACCACCAUCCCAGCACCAGCUGCCCUCUCAGAUCCUUCACCCGCCCCAGCCUCUGCACCAACGGCCCAUGUCCCCUCCAACGCUCACGCCCCAGGGCUUGCUAUCUUCCCAACCACCGCAGAUGCUGCUGGAGGAUGAUGAAGAACCAGGAUCCACAAUGCCUUUGAACCAAGUACCAUUGUUCCUACAGCAGUUCCAGCAACCCCGUCAACCUCAGCAGUCCAUGCAGUCGCUCCAGGCGCAGGCUCGUCAGCAGCAGCAGCAGCAGCAGCAGCAGCAGCAGCAGCAACAACAGCAACAGCAACAGCAACAGCAGCAGCAGCAGCAGCAACAGCAACAGCAGCAGCAACAACAACAACAACAACAACCAGGACAGACUUCUCUCCUUCAGUCUGUCCAUGGACAACUCUCGUCUCAGACUACGCUGCCUCAUCCCCAGCUCCCUGUUCAGUUGCAAGCUCAGACAGCCCCAUCACAUCAGCCCCCGCCCCAACAAAUCCCUCUGCACCAGGUCCGACACAUGCAGCACAGUCAGCCACUGCAACAGAACUACCAGCAGGGUCCUGGACUAGCUGGUCAGUCCCAGGGAUCCCAACACAAAGUAUCCAUGCCUGCCAACAAAGCACAGCAGAUCAUCCAUCAGCAGCACGAACAGCCCUCCCCUCGCACAACCAAGCCGGAUCCUUACAACCCAGGUCACAUGAGGGACAACCCAUCCCCUCUCAUGAUGCAUUCCCCACAACUUCCCCAGUUCCCCCCUGUGUCCCACCAGUCUCCACCCCACAACAUGCAGCCGAAAAAGCAGAGACCCCCUGGGAACCAAGGUGGAUUAAAGGAAGAAAAACUUCUCCCGUCGCCAGUGAUGAGAGGAGAGCCUUUUAAUCCUGCAAUGAGACCAGACCAUCACAAACACCCGGAUACUAAGCCGUCUCAACCAGGCCACGGCCAACAGAAUGUGAAGUCCAUGGACAGUUCUCGCCCUGUCAUCCGUUCCUCUGAGCCCACUGGGCCGCCUGCCUCUCUGCAAGACAAGGAUAAGAUCAAGCAGGAGGCUAAGGUGCCCAUCGCCCCUAAAAAAGUACAGGAUGUGAAAUUGAAGAAUAUGGGUUCAUGGGCCAGCCUGGCACAGAAGUCCACAUCUACGCCUUUAUCUGCAGUGAAAUCAUCAAGUGACAGUUUUGAGCAGUUUCGUCGUGCUGCUCGGGAAAAAGAGGAGAGAGAGAAAGCUCUGAAGGCCCAAGCUGAGCAGGCAGAAAAAGACCGGUUACGCAGGGAGCAGGACAAACUACGAGGUCGGGAUGAGGAGGAUGUCAUAGAGCCAAGCAGAAGGGUGCAUGAGGAGCCUCGCCGGCGUCUGGAACCGCACAUCCAAGCCCCUUUGCAACAACAACAGCAGCAGCAACAGCAGCAGCAGCAGCAGCAGGAACUACCAACUGUUGUUCAGCCUCCUCAGCCACCUCCUCAACCUCCAAAACCUCCCACACCACCUCAGCCCGCAACGCAGAACCCACUUGACCAACAGAGGGACCUAGCACGCCGCCGAGAACAGGAGAGGAGGAGGCGAGAAGCGAUGGCAGUGAAUAUUGACAUGAAUUUCCAAAGUGACUUAAUGGCUAUCUUUGAGGAAAACCUGUUUUGAGGAGAGGAGCAACUGAAACAUAACUGCAAAAAAAAAAGAAAGAAAAAAAACUGGAAAAGAAACUCUGUUAUACACUUCCGCUGAAGUGAGAGUUGAUGAUCACGCACCACAGAGGAGCAUGGACUGUAUGAAGACGUGACAGACGCUUGAUGGGAUGUCCACAGCUUGCUUUACCCCCCUGAACUGAUCACACCCUACACACUGGGAGUGCCUCACUGUUCCGGGUAUAAUUUCCUGGGGAAUUUGGCACUGACUGCCUGAUGCCUCAUAGCAAGGAGAGGACGGACCUCUGUUGGCAUGGUUGCCUUCGUCACACUUGCUUCUGUGGACAUGGGUGCAUCAGUAAGAGUAAAGGCAUCCCAAUAACUAUAAAAAUGCUCUGAUAAUGUACUGACAGACUGUGCAGAGGUGUUUUGAAACUGCCAGAUGUCUGAGAUGAUGAAGAGGACUGGUCUUUUAUGUUUUGUUUUGUUGUAAGUGAACAUGAGAUGGUUGGGUUAUGGGGGAGGGGGUGGGUUCCGGGGGGGGGCUUCCCAUACUGUAAAUCAUGUAUAUUUCUCUGCAGAGAAGGUACACUUUGCCUUACACCUCUUUCCUAAACAGACUAUUAUGUUCUGGGGCCUGCACACAUGGACAAACCAAUAAUAACAUUUACAACCAGGAGUAGGAACAGUGCAGAACUUUUUCAUCACCUAGUAUCUACUGUAAAGUAUUUUCUUAUGCUCGGAUAACCGUUUAUUUUGGAUCUUUCAUUAUUUUUCUCUCUAGGUCUUUGAAUCUUCACAACAACACACUCUACCACUUAUGUCUAUGCCAAAACAACCCAUUAUCUUUUAUGCUCUUAAAACAUGAUAGGUAGUUGGCGGGGGGUGGGAAGAAACCCCCUGCAUAUAUGCAUUAAUCAUAGUUCCAGCAAGUAUUUCGUCAAAAUACAGAAUCAGUCAAUGUUUUUUAUUCCUGCCUUGUAUUUUUCAUUAUAAGCCGAAAUGAGGAAAUUGUUCACAGAAGAAUGAAAAAGUCCAGCAGUUUCUGGUGUUCAGUUGCUAUGAAUUCCCCCCCAUUAGUGUUGCACCAUUAUUUGUAUUACAUUUUUAAGACAUGUUGGAUAUGUUUGCAGCUGUCACACUAACAUAUCAGUGAGGAAGUGAGAAGAUGGUCCAAAAUCAGAAGUGGGAAGUGAACUAACACCUUUCUGUAGCUGUUAUAUGAAUCACAAAAAAUAUCAUAGAAAGGAUCAGAAGCUCCAAGAUUGGUUUUUGCAACAAUACAAACAGAUAAAAAUGAAACAAAUGUGAAAAACACUGAGAAAAAAACAAAAACCGUUUUGAUUUAUAUCUUUGUUCGAUAAUAGUGGAUAUGAUUUAAAAUUCUGUUCUUGGAGACGUUUGGAUGUGGGACAAUGUCUGUCCUUGCCUCUGGUCUCUUAGGGUGUUUUCUCCAGUGCCUGUAUUGUCUUGCAAUUCUUGUUGGCUUAUUACACUUCAUAAGAGUCAGAGUCACGAAUGAGAGAUGGAGGGAGAUUUUUUGAAAGAGUUUGUGGGGGGGGGGGGGGGAUAUUUUACCCGGUGUCGAUAUUCUGGUUUUAAAUUUAGUUUUAGCUGGACUUCCACGAGUGUACACACCUGACAACUACGUUCUCUUUCUGUUCAAUAAACAGAUUUUAGGUAGAGAUGUUUCGACUUUGCCACACUAGAGUUAAAGUCUGGUCUGUGAGUGUGACUGUGUACAUUUGAAUGGCUGUGUGACUGUGUUUUUGUUCUUCGUUUGUGUGUGUGUGUGUGUGUGUGUGUGUGUGUGGGGGGGGGGGGGGGGGUACAGGGAGGCAUGUUCCGCAAUGUAGAUAAGCAUUCUAUUAAAGAGGACAAAGAUAAACAGUACUUCAGGAGAAUUUGUUUUAAUGCUUAAGUCACCUUUUUUAUUUUCCAUCAAGUCCACCAUAUAUGAAUAUAUCACUUUUAAUAUUAGACUGGUUUUGGAGGGGGUAAAAAAAAUUCAUUCCUUUUUAGCCUUUUUUCUUUUCUUUUCACAGUUGACUGUUGGACAUAAUGUGCCAUGAGUUCUUCAGAGAAUGUGCUGACCUGCAGCUCAGCCCAGAGUUUGCUUUAUUCAGGUAUUUUAUUUUGUGUUACAUGUUCUGUUUUGGGGGUUUUGUUCAAACGUUUUCCUCGAUUAUCGUUUGGUAUGUGAGUGGUCUAUCGAGGUCUGUUAUGAUCAUUGAAUAAACUCAUUUCUUUUAUAGAAAAUAAAAAAAAUAAACAAAAUUUUGUCUUAAA